AUGUUUAUGGUUAGAGUUCUUAUCAUCCUUUUGACAGGAGCUGAUGCGAGCAUUGGUGUAAACUACGGCACACUCGCCAACGAUCUCCCUCCGCCGCGUGAAGUCGCGGAGUUCCUCCUCCAUUCCACCGUCAUUAACCGCAUUCGACUCUUCGACGCAGAUCCUCAAAUUCUCCGAGCCUUCGCUCACACCGGAAUUGCCGUCACCGUCCCCGUCCCCAACGACCAAAUCCCACACCUCACCAAUCUCUCCUUCGCCAAACGAUGGAUCUCCGAUCACAUCCAACCUCACUUCCCGUCAACCAACAUCAUCCGCAUCCUCGUCGGAAACGAAGUUAUCUCCACCGCCAAUCACCUCCUCAUCAGAAAUCUAGUCCCGGCGAUGCAAUCCCUCCACACCGCCCUCGUCUCCGCCUCUCUCCACCGUCGCAUCCAGAUCACCACGCCGCAUUCCUUGGGAAUUCUCUCUGAUUCCACUCCUCCGUCUUCUGCUAAGUUCCGGCAAGGCUACGACACUCAUGUCCUCAAGCCUCUCCUCAGCUUCCUCCGGACUAUUGGCUCGCCGUUCGUUGUGAAUCCUUACCCGUUCUUCGGCUACUCAAGCGACACGCUCGAUUUCGCUCUGUUUAGACCCAAUCCAGGCUUAUUCGACGAAGAUUCGAAGAUUCUGUACACAAACAUGCUCGACGCUCAGCUUGAUUCGGUCUAUUCCGCCAUGGAUCGGCUGGGCUUUUCAGACGUCGAGAUCGUGGUAGGCGAAAUCGGAUGGCCGUCGAACGGAGACAAGGAUCAGAUCGGCGUUGACAUCGCCACCGCAGCUGAGUUUAACAAAAAAGUGGUGGCGCGGGUAAAUUCCGGUACCGGAACGCCGUUGAUGCCCAAUCGGACUUUCGAGACGUAUAUCUUCGCGCUCUUCAAUGAAAAUCUCAAAUCAGGACCGACGAGCGAACGUAACUUCGGCCUCUUCCGAUCCGAUUUGACACCGACCUACGACAUUGGAAUUCUCCGGCCAACGGUUAGAACAUCGAAUCCGGAGAGCAAUCCGCGAUCGCCGGUCAGGGGAUCUUCGGAGAAACGGUGGUGCGUCACAAAGCCCGGUGCAGAGACGGUGGCAUUACAAAGGAACAUAGACUACGUGUGUGGACUGGGAUUAGAUUGUUGGCCCAUUAAGGAAGGUGGGCCUUGUUAUUUACCGAAUACAGUGGAAGCCCAUUCGUCGUACGCCAUGAACUUGUUCUACCAGACUAUGGGGAAACAUGAGUUCGACUGCGAUUUCGACAAGACUGGAAAGAUAACUGCUUUGGAUCCAGUUAUUAGUUUAUAA